ACAAAAAAAUAAAUAUAAACAACUACUAAAUGAGUAUUGACGAAUAAAUAGAUCAUAAAUUAUGUUCAUUAAGUAUACGAUUACGAAUCGGCAACGCCGCCAAUCAACAACCUAGACCGUGCUUCUUCAUCUGAAUUCACGGCAGUAGGAACAAAAUGGUGACAAAUAAUUGUUCGUGGCCUUCCGUAAAAUCUCAAAAUAUCGGUUUUUCAAACAGAACACAACUGCGUUAAUCAAGGAAAAACUAACGUUUACGCAAGGCAAACAAUGAUAUUGACUUAUGAGUCGAAGACAAAUGCACGAUAAAUAAAAUGAGAAUGAAAUUGAAGUUUUAUUUUGAUAACAUUCAGUGAUUGAAACAAGUAAUGAAUAAUGUGCGGCUAGUGUGAUUAUUUUUGAAAACCAUGUCCGCGACAGCUACAGGUAGAUCUAAUUUUGCACCUGGGUCAACCAAUGCAGUGUCCCUGAGACCUAUCGAAGUUCCUCAGGCAUUACAAAACGGGGAGAAAUUCAUAAAAUGGGAUGAGGAUUCCGGUGUAGGAACCCCGGUUACGUUAAGGGUGGAUCCAAAUGGAUUUUAUCUUUAUUGGGUGGAUCAAAACCACGAAAUGGAUUUGUUGGAUAUAGCUAUAAUACGUGACACUAGAACUGGACGGUACGCCAAAAUACCGAAAGAUCCAAAAUUAAGGCAAAUUGUAUCGAUGGGUUCCCAGGAUACGUUAGAAGAAAAAACGGUGACAGUUUGUUGCGCCAACGAUUUCGUAAAUUUAACUUUCAUUAAUUUUUGUUGUACGCGAAAAGAUAUUGCCAAACUAUGGACUGAUUCCUUGAUUAAUUUAGCUUAUAAUUUAAACCAAAUUAACGGCACACCCAAGAUGUACUUAUUCAAAGCUCACACGAAACUACAUCUAAUCAAGGAUAAGGCCGGAAAUAUACCUGUCAAAAACGUGCUAAAAAUGUUCGCACAAAAUAAGGACGACAAGAAGAGGAUAGAAUCGAUAUUACAAAAUUUGGGUUUUCAAACUGGCAAAAACGACACUAUAAAUCCGGAAAAAUUCGAUUUUGAAAUGUUUUUCGACUUCUACGUUAAACUAACGAAAAGAUCAGAAGUCGAAAAAGUCUUUAACGAUAUCGUGGGGCCCAAAAAGAUAAUGACGUCAAAUCAAUUUGUGGAUUUUUUAAAUAAAAAACAAAGAGAUCCUCGUUUGAACGAAAUUUUACAUCCUUACGCCGACGCUGCUAGAGCCAAAGAUGUUAUAGCGUUGUACGAACCGAACAAAUACAACGCCCAAAGAGGACAAUUUUCCUUCGAAGGAUUCCUUAGGUAUCUUUUAUCUGAUGAUAACAACAUAAUGGCAGCUUCUAAAUUCGAUUUGGGUCACGAUAUGGAUCAACCUUUGGCGCACUAUUUCAUAAAUUCUUCUCAUAAUACUUAUUUGACCGGCCAUCAGCUAACUGGGAAAUCCAGCGCGGAAAUGUAUCGACAAUGUCUACUAGCGGGAUGUAGAUGUGUCGAACUAGAUUUUUGGAACGGACGAAUAGAAGAACCGGUCAUCGUGCACGGUUACACUUUUGUACCUGAUAUAUCGGCUAAAGAAGUACUAGAAGCUAUCGCCGAAAGCGCUUUCAAAACUUCCGAUUUUCCCGUGGUGCUAUCGUUCGAAAAUCACUGCAAUCCCCGUCAGCAAGCCAAAAUCGCUAAUUACUGUCGAGAAAUAUUCGGCGAUAUGUUGUUAGAAACCCCAUUAGAAAAUUACAAAUUAGAACCGGGUACUCCUCUUCCUCCUCCUUCGAUGCUUAAGAGAAAGAUCAUAAUAAAGAAUAAAAAGAAACACCAUCAUCAUCAUCACAAACGAACUGCCACUCCAGCACCGGAAACAGUUCCGGAUGAAACUGUGGAAAAUACUGAAAAUGCCGAAAAUGUUUGUAAUACUGAUAAUCAUGUUGAAAGUGUGGAAAAACAAGAAAAUUUUGAGAGUAGGACUAAUGGGGAUGCUACUGCGCAGCGCGCACCUUCUCUUCAAACUAGACAGGGUUCUAAGGAAUCUACGGGUACGGAAGAAGAAGAUUCUUCGAGCGAAGACGACGGAGAGAUUGUAGAGGCCGAUAUACCGACAGAAAGAAACGCCGACGGAAGUGAUAGUAAAACUCCGGCAACGGAAACUGAAGCCGGAGCGGAAAUUUCGGCGCUAGUCAAUUACGUGCAACCGGUACAUUUUUCGAGCUUCGAAUCCGCCAAAAAAAAAAAUCGAAGUUACGAAAUGUCAUCGUUCGACGAGAAACAAGCGACGUCUUUACUUAAAGAAUAUCCCAUUCAAUUCGUCAACUACAACAAACACCAAUUAAGUAGAGUGUAUCCGGCAGGUACACGUUUCGAUUCCUCGAAUUUUAUGCCGCAGGUGUUUUGGAACGCCGGUUGUCAAUUGGUAGCUUUAAAUUAUCAAACUUUAGAUUUAGCCAUGCAGUUGAAUCUCGGAAUAUUCGAAUACAACUUCAGAUGCGGUUAUUUAUUAAAACCGGAAUUUAUGCGACGCACAGAUAGAAGAUUCUAUCCAUUCGCCGAAUCGACGGUCGACGGUAUCAUAGCGGGUACUGUGAAAAUAACUGUGAUAUCAGGACAAUUCCUGACAGAUAAGAGAGUAGGGACUUACGUCGAAGUAGAAAUGUACGGUUUGCCCGCCGAUACUGUCAGAAAGAGAUUCCGAACUAAAGUUAUACCCAAUAAUGGAAUCAAUCCGGUUUACGACGAAGAUCCGUUCGUUUUUAAAAAGGUAGUAUUACCAGAAUUAGCUUCAAUUAGAAUUGUAGCUUAUGAAGAAUCCGGUAAAUUCAUCGGCCAUCGAAUUCUUCCCGUAGUCGGUCUGUGUCCUGGUUACCGACACGUCAAUUUACGCACAGAAAUGGGUCAACCGUUGCCGUUGGCUACGCUAUUUUUAGAAAUAGUCGUCAAGGACUACGUACCCGAUGGUUUGUCAGAUUUUGCCGAAGCUUUGGCGAAUCCGAUCAAAUAUCAAAGCGAUUUAGAAAAACGCGCUCAACAACUUUCUGUAUUAACCGACGAUAUGGAACCGGCGGAAGGAACCGAAGAACAGAAAAGGAAUACGUUAACUAGAAUGAAUAAGGAAGUGACGACAAACGGUAGUCCUGUACAAAGAGUUUCACUAACUACCGGAAGUAUAUCCGUCGAAUCUACGACCGAUAUCGAAAUACCCGUUAUACCGGUCGCUAUUUCUACAACAACCCCCGUGGAAAAUAACGUAACCUCAAAAUCGGUUGAAAUUAAGGAUGAAAAAAUCGAAGAAUUAGUGGCCGAAUCGUUGGAUAGAUUGUUGGAAAAUAAAUUAGUUAAAGAAAAGAAAUUGGAAUUGGAAAAAAAAUUGGAAAAUUUAAGGAGGAAACACGAGAAAAAGAAGAUGUCUUUGAGUUCGCAAAAAUCGACCGACUUUUUGGAAAAAAAAUCCAAAUUGGCCAAUAUGAAACUCGUCAAGAGGUUAUCCAGCAAAAAUAUAGUUAGCGCUGUGUUUUACACGGAAUCAACGAGUGCGGAACCGUUAACGAGUGUAACGGACGGUCCGGAAAAUAGCGGAGCCGAAGGUGAAAAACCAUCGAUCCCGAGAAGUCAUUCGGAAAGAUUAUUAGCCGUAAAUAAAGAAUUCGUUACUCAAGAAAAAGAACUUAGAGAAAAAUACCACGACGUCAUAUAUAAUGUAGCCGAAAAAGUAAUGAAAACCUCACAAUCUAAUCAAUUGAAAUUACUAAAGGAACAAUUCGAGAAAGAAACUUCGGAAUUGAUGAGGAAACUUCAAGCUGAUCAUCGAGAAGAAGUUAAAGCUUUAGCUAAAAAACAUCGAAAUCGGGAACAAUUUACACGCGUUAAAAGGGAGGCGGUUACCGCCGUCGUAGGAAGGGGCGUUUCCGAACGUGAAAAAUUGGGACAAUUAUUCGAAAAUCGUAAAGAAGAAUUGCAAAGGCAACACGAACACGUCAGGGAAUUAUUAACCGAACAAAGAGAUAAAGCAAAAACAGCCCUCGGAAAAGAAUUUGAAAUGCGCCUAGCAAAUAUAGAAGGUGAAUACAGCGACGCCCAGUAGAUUCGAAAUCGGCCGAUUGUUGUAACCCCAUGAUUAAUCGUUUCAACAUUAUUGAAACGAAAUGGAAACCGAAUCUCUCCAAAAAAAAAUAAUAAGAGUAUGGUGUAUACUCAAAUUUGAGCUACCUAGUUAUAAAUAUGUGUUAAAAAAGAGUUGAAGUCUUUGAAAUUUUCGACAAUCAAAUCAAAUGGUAUCUAUCUCAUUUGGUAAUUGUAAAAUGUUGUUACUAGUAUAGUAGAUUUCAUAGAUAUGAAAUAAUGAUUCGUUUCCUCGGCAAUUACUUCUUUGAUAAAAUGUUAAAUACAGUGGAUAUUUCAGAUAAAAAUAACUUCAACUUUUCAUCUUAAAAUACUACAUUUUAUAUUCUAAUGAUUCAAGGUACCGAAAAAUAUCUUGAUUUUGCCGGGUGUCACUAUAGUGUAUGUCGAUUGAUAAAAACAUGGAGGUGCUCCGGAGGUCUGAGAAAGUUAGGAGAUGAAGUUUGCCCCAAAUAUAUUCAGUUAUCUGUUUCAUUUCGUUCUAAUUAAAAGAAAUUUGCUAAAAAUACCAUACGCAGAGGAAAUAUUAAGAUCUCGAAGUAUAAAAUGACAAACAGAAAGAAGAUAAUGAAAUUGGUAUGAGUAGUAGCUUCUGGUGUAUAAAGACCAAUGGUAGGUUGUUCCAAUGUUGAUCAGAGAACGCUACGAAGUGAAAAGUGACCCAAAUAUCUUCUUCAUCUCUUCCCUUAUACAAUCUCUAGUGUCGAAUGACAGUUUUGGUUCCUCUUCCACCGUUUAUUAUCUGGUCAAGUAUGAGGAUUGAAGAAAAUGAACUAAAGCACAAAAUUCAGAAGAAAUCGAGAACCAUAUAUAAUGACAGACUAAGAAGCUCCUGAUCUAUAAAAGUCUAGUGCAGGAUGACAGUUUUGGUUUCUCUUAGUUUUAGGAUUAACUAGAGCAUACAUUCAUAUAAAAUGAAAAAAAACCUGGUCAUCUAAGAAGAUAGAGAGAAGAAACAAUUUUAAAACUGGCAUGUAGAGGAUUUUGAACUGAUACAACAUCAGUGAGAUGCUCUUGAGAUCUGAAAACUCUACGACAUGAAGUUUGGCGUUAAAUCUUAUCUCCAACUGUUGAUAGAACACUGAAAUGUUCCAAAAUGAAGCUAAAAAUUGAAUUUCAUCUGAAGUUUUUCCGGUGUUCGUUCCUUUAGUACUUAUCUUCUGCCUUUGAUGUUAAUAAUUGAAAUAGAGAUUCUAAGAAAGUUUUUGGAUUAACUAGAAACACAUAUUUAUAUAACAUGAAAAAAAAACGGUCAUCUAAGAAGAUAGAGAGAAGAAACUAUUUUGAAACUUGUAUAUAGAAGAUUUCCAACUGAUAUAACAUCAGUGAGAUGCUCUUGAGAUCUGAAAAUUCUACGACAUGAAGUUUGGCCUAGCUGAAGAAUGAAGGUUGACGUUAAAUUUUAUCUCCAACUGUUAAAAGACCUGUGAAACUGAAUUUUGAAGUAUUGGUGUGUCUUAUACCCAUUGUCCCACUGUUUUUAACCGAAAUAUAAAAUUUUUAAUAGAUGUAAUGUAUAGAGACAUGUCGGUUUAUCGUAAACUAUAUUGCUUGGAAAUGAAUUAUUCGUAAAAGUAAGAUAAAGUCGAACUUGAACUCGAUGUUGAUAUUUGAACACAAUAAAAGAACGUGAUUUGUAUUUUGAAGAGAACAUUUCGAUAUUCGGGUAGCGAAACUCGAAUGUUGUUAUUAUUUCUUGAGUCAACUCCAUUCGAAACUCUAGUCUACUUUGAUGUUUGUUGUUAAUUGUGAUAGUAGAAUUUAGAUAUAUAAAGUGAUAAGAUAUGCUUCAGAUACAAUAUAUAGAUCAAACAAGUUGAAACACCUGUGCCAGUUUAUGAUCUGACUAUAUUUUUACAUUCGCUUACUUUAUCAUUAUACCUCGAUCCUGAAAAAUACCGUAAUAUAUUCCAAACGGAUAUAUUUAUUUAUUAUUCUUUUUUUUCAAAAGAUUUAUGAAAAAAAAAACAUUUGGUUGGAUAGUACGAUUUAAUUUUAGGUAAACUAGAUUUACUUAGACUGUAUUAAAAAAAUGUGGCCCCUUGUUCUUUUCUAGCUUUGGAAAAUCGAAAAAGUAUCUAAUUUCAAUUAUUUCAUGGAAGAAAUGUAAUCUUUCAUAACUCGUUUAAUAAUUUUUUACAAAUGUAUUUUUUUUCUCUUAAAAUAAAGUUUCUAACUUUAAUAGUCGUAUAUAACAUUUAUAAACGUAGUUAUAUCAUACUUAUUUGAAACAUAACCCUAACCUAACCUCUAUCUCUGGCAUUAAAAUCGUGACCUCUUUGGAAUGUCUCCACACCUUUUUAAAUUGUCUCCUUCCAUAUUUCUCAAUCCUCAUCCUGGGAACAUUUUCUUCAUGCAUGUGGAUGGUAGUCUAUUACACUCCAAUGAAUAAAUCUCUUCAUAGUCCAGGGAAUCCUAAACAGUCUGUUGUAGGACUAAAUUUCAAAUAUAUUUGCGCUCCCUUAGCUCGAAGUACCCACGCAAGAUAACCCUAACCUAACCUCUAUCUUUGCUUGUUUCCUCUGACAUGAAGGUUAUGAUCUCUUUUGAUUAUCUGUGUUCCUUUUGUUAUUGUCUCCUUCUUCUUCUUCUCCUCUUCUAUCUGGUGUAACGAUACAUAAAGGAGUUUGAAUGUGACUGAUAUGAUCAGACCAUCGCAAAGGCGAUCAGCCUCCAUUUCUUUUACCCUGUACUUUUCUCAAUACUAUAACCCUUUCUUUAUUGUCCUCUCCUCUUCUAGUAACAUUUUAUUUAUGCAUAACAUGGAGUGUAGAUGGAAGGAGAACCGUCUUGAAUGAGGGAAAAGCUGAAAAAGUGUCCAUAUGUAAACGGUAAACAAUUUUUACUGAACACCACUGUUUACACUACCUUGUAUGACGCGCGUUUCGAUAACCAAGUUAUCGUCUUCAAAGACUGAAGGGAAACUAAAACCUUAUAAUUUGACUUACCUGUUUUAUACUAAAUUUUCCCACUAAUAAACCUUCGCCCGCGAAAAUUAAUUCCAGCGGGAAAACCUCCUUGGCGGGAAUCUUCACAUUUAUUCCUUGACUACCACCACAGCAAAUUUUACCUUUCAAUCCUGUUUAUACAAAGAGGUUGGAAGGAAUAUUGAACAGAGUGGGUUUUAAAUUGGUUUAUAAAUCCAACAAUACAUUGAAACAAUUGUUGGGUAAUCCUAAGGAUAAAAAACCAAAUUUGGAAGAGUGAUAUAUAUGAAAUUAGCUGAUUAUAACGGGAAGUAUAUUGGACAGACUAAGAGAUCCGUUAUUGUCCGGUUUAAGGAGCACAUAGUUCGUUUAAAAUAUGGCCGGACCGAAAUAUAAAUUGCUAAAUGUUAGCUUAAAUAAGAACAAAAAGCCAAUUUCUUACAGCCCACUAUAUAGUUUUGUAGUCUAGGAAUAAAUGUAAAGAUUCCCGCUCAAAUUCAUUUCGUUUAUUAGUGGGAAAGUUCAGUGUUAAACAAGUCGAGUUAUUAGUUCAUCUUCAGACCCUGAACUUGGUUAUAGAAAUGCCAGACAGUGUAAUUGUGAGUGUUGGUGCAUUUAGAUAAACAUUUAUAUCCCUGAAACAUGAAUAUUUUUUUAUAAAAAGAAAGUUUUAGAAGAAAUUUGAUGAUUUUUCAAUAUUCUACAACUAAAAAAAAACAAGAGGAUCGCGAUUUUAUAAGAUUACCAAAACUAUUGAAUGACUUAUAGCAGUAAAUAAUUAGUAUUAGAAAAUGCGAAUAAAUUUCGAAAUAUUUCAAGACGAAGUAAAUAUAUCCGUAAUAAAUAUUCCGGAGUGUAUAUUUAAUAACUUCUGUACUUUAAUCGCUUUCGAAUGUUACGUAAAAUGUUGAAAUUACUUUUAGUUGAAUUAUUUUUCAAGUACACAGUGUUCUUUGAAUUCGACAUUAAAAUUCUAAUUUUCAGACAAUUUCAUUUUAUCCAAACUUCAAAA